GUUUUAAUAAAAAUAAUUAUUUAAGAAUUCCUGGCUUUAUUUGAAGUUAUAAAAAUAAUAAUAAUAAGAUAAUAAUUUUGAAAUUUAUUUAAAUUCAGAGAUGAUAAAUUUAGGAUAUUGCAUAACUUUUCCCUUUAAUCAUAAUCCUACUUUAUAGUAAAAAUUUAACUUAAUUUUAAUUAAAUUAUAAUAUUUAAAUGAGAAAAGUGCCAUCUCUGUUAAACAGACUCUGUUUUGUGAGUAUCUUCGCUCCGCCUUCUCUCUUUCUCUCUCUCUGCCCGACUUACUCUCUCACUUUUGUAAACAUUUGUUAUUGUUUACCUCUUUCUGGCAGAUUAGCGCACAGAAUGGCGGCCAACAACAAUAGCAACCUGCACAACCUGUCGGGAGCAGGGGGCCUGGCCAGUUCUGUGAUUGCGUCGACGGGUACCCCAGGAAUGGGAUCCUCGCCAGCUGUGGCCAGCACCUCCGCGGCGUCGCAGAGUGCCUGGGAUCAGUUGACGGCCAGUAGCUCCAAUAACAUUGCGCCCUCGCCGACGGCAGGAGCUCCCACGGUCACCGGACCCAUAAUGUCGGACGCUCCAGGAACUGGGGCGGGCAGUUCACCGGUCGCCAGCUGCUCCUCUCCAUCGACACCAACAAAAACCCAUGCUCCCUCUCCGCUGGAGACGAUGGCACACACGCCCCAAGGACCACCUACCCUGGGGCCUGGAGGAUAUGGCGAGGAACUCACUGCGGAGUUGGUGAAUCAGGGCUGGCGCAAGUUCUGGUCCAAGCGAGAGAAUCGUCCAUACUACUGGAAUAAAGUUACCGGAGAAUCCCUAUGGGAGAUGCCCGGAACUAGGCCUUUUGAUCCGCUCACCGAUCCGUUGGGCAUUUGUCAUGCUGGUGGUUCCACACCCACGACCCCGAAUAUGCAUCAACAGCAGCAGCAACACCAUCAUCUGAAGCGGAGGCCCUCGGACGACAUGCACAUCCAUUCGAAUCACCAGCAUCACGUGGGCGGUGGGCCGCCAAUGAAGAAGUUUGUGUUGGCUGGACCCUGGGACCUGGAGGUGUGCACCAAUGCGGUAAUUGUGGAGCGCCCUCCAACCCUGCUACCGCAACCGCAUCCGGAGAUUGAGGCACUGCGGGCGGCGUUCAGCAUGAAGCUUCUAAAAACCUACGAGGACCUUUGCAUGCGAAGGGAGAACAUCAAAGCGCCGAGGGAUUCCUUCAAUCGUUGGUUGAUGGAGCGCAAGGUCAUCGAUACCGGGUGCGAUCCGCUGUUGCCAAGCAGUUGCCUUCCCGAGAUAUCCAGCUCCAUGUACCGGGAGAUCAUGUCGGAUAUACCGAUUAAAAUUGUCAAGCCGAAGUUCACAGGGGAUGCCCGGAAGCAGCUAUCCCGCUACGCAGAGGCAGCUAAGCAGAUCAUCGAAUCCCGAUCGGCGCCGGCCGAGUCCAAAAAGGUGGUCAAGUGGAAUGUGGAGGACACCUUCCAGUGGCUGAGACGCACCGUGGGGGCCAGCUACGAGGAUUUCCAGGAUCGUCUGGCCCACUUGAAGCGCCAAUGUGAGCCGCAUCUGGUGGAGACGGUCAAGAGCUCGGUGGAGACGCUCUGCGUCAAGAUCUACCAUCACUCGGCGGACCAUGCCCGGAAGAUUCGCGAACGUCAUCUACAGCUGUUGAAGGAGCAUGGAAUACCGGAACCGACACCUCCGCCGCCGCCGCCCCACUUGAAGAAGGUGUGGUGCUACCCCAUCCAGUUUGCCGUUCCAUCGCCGCGAAUGCCAGCGAUCGAGUAUCUGCAGGAUCGCGACCACAUGAUCAUUAAAUAUACUCCCGCCACCAUAAACCAGCCGGAUGCCCAGUACAUCAACCUCACCUAUCUGCAAAAGCUGGAGCAGCUGUAUCGACACAACUGCUUCGACGAUAAAAAGUUCGAUCUGUUCAUCGGACGGGUGUGGUGUCUUCUUAAAAGGUAUCAGACCUUCUUGGGCAAUGCCCUUAACUCGUCCCAGGAGGCGGAGCUAACCCAGGCCGCAUUGCCGGUUCCAGUUUUUGAGUGCCUGCACCGCCACUUCGGAGUGAGCUUCGAGUGCUUUGCCUCGCCGUUCAACUCCUACUUCCGGCAGUACUGCUCAGCCUUUGCCGAUACGGAUGCCUACUUCGGAUCCCGAGGACCCUUCUUGGAUUUCAAGCCCGUUUCGGGGUCGUUCCAAGUGAAUCCUCCGCACUGUGAGGAGCUAAUAGAGGCCUCCUUGAUGCACAUCGACAAACUGCUUACCGACACAAUGGAGCCUUUAAGCUUCAUUGUCUUUUUACCGGAGUGGAAGAGUAUAUCGAAGCUGGAUGAUAGCAUGUACAAGCGACGGUCCAUGGUGGUACUGGGAAUGGCGCACGAAUACAGGCACGGCUACCAGCACAUGAUGCAAAAGUAUAUGUCCGACGUGCUGGUGAAGUGCAUGCAGGGCACCCAAGUGGUGUGGCUGCAGAACAGCGCUGGCUACGCCCGCUGGGGACCCAACGAGAAUCGAGUGGAAGCGCUGCGCGAAGCAUUUCGUCCCCAGCGGGACAGGGAGCGUGAACGUGCCGCAGCCGUUGCAGCCCCAUCUGGAGUGAUUCCCAGCCAGCAGUCACCGUUAACAGCCACACCACCUUCCACAUCGGUGAAUUCUAUACUGGGAACACCGACGACCAGCAGUGGCAUCAGUAGCAAUAGCUCCUCGGCAGCUAUUACAACAAGCACGAGCAGUAGUCCGUCGCCGUCGACCACAUCGCCGCUGUCACCCCACACGCCCACCGGCAAUCCGCCACCACAGUUCCCGCCUACCAUCAGCAACACUUCAAGUAGCAGCAAUCUGGUAGCCGCCUCUCCCACAAUGAGUGUUCAGAGCGAUUGCUCCUCGCCGUCGUCCUCGACCAUGUCACUGUCACCGGCGCCGGCCUCUGGUGGUUAUCCGGAUGGUGGGUCAUCGGCUACGUCGGCGGCGGUCAGUAUAACGGCCACGGCGAGCACAUCCGCAGCGUCUGGAGCUGGGUCAGCGUUCGGCCAAGCGACUAGCAUUAGCAGCACAGCCUCUUCGCAGGCACAGGUCAUUAAUUCAGCCGUCUAAACUGGAUCAGCAAUCCAUAGAGGAGUCUAUUUUUUCUACACUAUCUAUUACACUAUUUCGGGCCUGGUGCCACUAGUUGUGUUUCCUUCUAUUAGCAUAAUUUAGGGAUACAUAAGGCACCUAAUUACUUUCUCCUGUUUGAAAGAGUGCUCUUCCAGAGGAGCCUUUUCCAUUUAUAUUUUUUAAACCGGUUCAUCAGUUGGCAAUCGUGAUGUGUUUCUGAUCUGAAAGUUCGGAUCAGAACAUUGAAGACAACGCAAUAUUUUCUUAAAAAAAAAAAACAUCUAUACAUAUUUUUUUCCAAGGCUUUAGUUUUUAAAAUUACACAUUUCUUGGCCAUUGGCUGCUGGUAUUGCCCUGUUCGCAAGUUAAAGUUAAUUGUAAAUAUGUUGUAUUUUAUUUGAAAUAGUUGAUAGUUCCGGCGUGGCCGUAGAUUAUCGUAUGUAACCAGGAUGCCCAAUAAAGAAGGGCUCCCCCGAGCUACCCAGCAAAAGA